UAUGGAGAGUGCCAUCACACUGUGGCAGUUCCUUUUGCAGUUGCUGCUAGACCAGAAACAUGAGCACCUGAUUUGCUGGACGUCUAAUGAUGGCGAAUUCAAGCUACUCAAGGCAGAAGAAGUGGCUAAGCUGUGGGGACUCAGAAAAAACAAAACUAAUAUGAAUUAUGACAAGCUGAGCCGAGCGCUCAGAUACUAUUAUGACAAGAACAUCAUCAAGAAAGUGAUCGGACAAAAAUUUGUGUACAAGUUUGUCUCCUUUCCUGAGAUUUUAAAAAUGGAUCCACAUGCUGUAGAAAUCAGCAGAGAGAGCCUUUUGCUGCAGGACAGCGACUGUAAGAUGCCUUCCGAGAGCAGGGAUCAGCACAAGCACAGCUUGUCAGCACUGAAAAGCACAAGCCGUAACGAAUAUAUCCACUCUGGCCUGUACUCCUCCUUCACCAUCAACUCUCUGCAGAACCAGCCAGACCCUUACAAGCCAAUCAAAACAGAAAAACUGGAGGAGAAGUCAGAAGGAAGCACGCCACUGGAAGAAGUUCGAACUGUUAUAAGAUUUGUGACAAACAAAACAGACAAACAAGUUAUGAGGCCCAUGGUGUCGUUGCCUUCCACUUCCGAAACAGCAGCUGCCUCUGCUUUUCUCAGCUCGUCAGUAUCAGCUAAAAUAUCUUCCUUAAUGCUGCCCAACAGUGCCAGCAUUUCAUCUCCAUCGUCAUCUUCCUCCAGGUCACCAUCUCUGUCUCCGACCUCACCCCUCCCUGCAGAACACAGGAGCCUCUUCUUUGAGUCCAGUUGCCACGACUCAGAUUCCCUUGAGCCUCUGAACCUCUCCUCGGGCUCCAAGGCGAAAUCUCCAUCUCUUCCCCCAAAGGCUAAAAAACCCAAAGGCUUGGAAAUCUCUGCCCCACCUAUGGUUCUCUCCAGCACCGACAUCGGUUCCAUCGCCCUCAACAGCCCCGCGCUUCCUUCGGGAUCCCUGACUCCAGCUUUCUUCACUGCACAGACCCCAAAUGGAUUAUUGCUGACCCCAAGCCCGCUGCUGUCUAGCAUUCAUUUCUGGAGCAGCCUCAGUCCUGUUGCUCCUCUGAGUCCUGCCAGGCUGCAGGGACCAAACACUCUGUUCCAGUUUCCAACUCUGCUCAAUGGCCACAUACCGGUGCCACUCCCCAGUCUGGAUGGGGCGUCUUCUCCAGUACUGCUUUCUCCAAAUGCUCAGAAAUCCUGAUGAUGCCUCAUCACGCCAAGGACUUACUGGUGGAUUUAACACUUCAUUCCUACGGGCUAGUUUUUCCUGUGUCAUGAGAAGGACAUUGUGAAACCCUCUAUUACUUUGGUUUGCACUUUUCAUUACAUGGAUAAUCUACUUUUAUUAUGUUAGCAUUUUUAAACAGUGUUUAUAUAUGAAAGUAUAUAUAAAUCUGUUUUGCAUUAAAUGAAUUAUAAUUUUUUUAUAUCAUAGCUCUCGAGUGUUGAACACUUCUGUUGUUGAUGAAGUACUUUUCUUAAUGGAUUGCAACAAUGUAUCUAAUAAGGAUGUGAAGCUUCUUUUUAAUCCCUUUUUCUGCAUAUUAUGCAUUGUGCUUGUGUAAACUAUAACCGGCUGUGCCUUCUUUUGCAUAAUGUCAUGUAAAUGAUUUAUAUAUUUUCUAGUAUCAAGAUAAAAAGUUGAAAGAAAGAAAACUAGUAUUGAACAGCCCUAUGGUAGUCUUUCAGUAUUUUCUCCACGGCUAGGCCAUAUGAUGCAGUGUAUUCAUGUAACUUUGUAUUAAGUGCUUUCAAAUUGUAUAAAAAUAGCCUUAUAAUUUUUCUUCGCUGAAGUGAAAAAACCGUAAUCGACGUUACAGUCAGGAGAUGCGUUUAGGAGUAACAAAGCCACAUUUAUGCCCAGGUUCUUCUGUCGAGUUGCGACAAGGAGGAACUGUGCAUAUUCAUGAGACAUUGCUAGCGUUUGUGAAUACGUCCCUAGAAAAGGAGACGUUGCUCAGAAUUUAUUUGGCGUAUAUUUCUCACGAACUGUCAGCAUUACAGCUGGAAAGACUGCAGGUAAUCUCUGU